UUGUUUCAUCUCCAAGAGAAACACUUUUUGUUUAUGUUUAUAUUUUCACUGGAACUCUGCUGAUUGUUUGUUACUUUGUUUCGAUCUUAAUGGAAUCGAGUGGCAAUCAAGACGAUACACAGGUUGAUCUCUACAGAAAUUCACCGAUCCGUUUAUUAGGUUAUGCCAAUGAGGUUGGUGAAUCGUUCAGAGCUUUGGUUCAUGUUAAUUGGGUCAAACUGAGCUACGUUGUUGCCUCUGGUUACGUCUUGGCAGAUACAGCGGACAAAUGCUACAAACAAUCAAAGUUACCCUUUGAAAGCGAUUCAUUGAAAAAACGUAAAAUACUAAACACUCUGGUCGAUACUUUGGUUUGGCAAAGUUUGGCCUCGGUGAUCAUUCCAGGUUUCACGAUUAAUCGUAUUUGUGCCGCUUCUUUAAUUGCACUAACUCGCUAUUCUCAUAUUAACCGAUCGAAAGCCAAAUGGACAACAGUUUUUAUCGGACUUGGUUCGAUUCCAUUUAUUGUCAAGCCAAUCGAUAACUUUGUUGAUUACUUUAUGGAUUCAUUUUUCCGAGCGCACAUUAAAUUGUAAAAAUUGGUUAAUCUUUAAUUGAACCAAGUCUCGAAUCGUUGAUGGAUCAACUCUAAUCAAUGCUCAUAAUCAAAAUGCAAUUAGCCAACUAAUUUGCUCUCGUCUCAUCCAAUAAAGAAUGGCCUUAAGUCGUACCACUACUAUGCUAAAACAAAACUCGAGCCGUUAACCAAAUGAUCAUCGCUUUAACUGCCAUUGUUGACUUAUUGUUUAUUCUUGUCUUAUCCGAUUUAAUUUAAUAACGAUAAAAAAACAUUUCUAUCCUUUAAUAGUUAAUUUUUUCCGAUGAAAUGUUUCACAAUUUAAAGAAAGUAAAAGAGUAGAAAAUAGUUAUUAAUUGUUACCACUUUUACCUCUCAUGGUCAAGAUGAUAUUUGAACUGAUUUCAUUGAUGAACAUGAAGAGAAACAAAAUCCAGUUACGGUCAUCAUCUUUUCAUCAUCCAUCUUGUCACAACUUGUUCACUUGAUUACAAUGAAGCUCAUGUGGUUUUCAUGGUUGUCCAGAUUUCUUGAUUACUUGUGAUGCUGAGGAACAAUUCAAGAGUUGAAAGUUUCGUUUAUGGAAACAAUGAAAAGUUAAUGACCUAACCGAAGUUAAGAGUCGGUGCUAAAGUGCUAAGAGUCCAGUUAACUCAUUGGGUGGGAAAAGAAACAACUAGACGGAAGAUAAAGUUCUGACCACUUUGGUCCAGGAAGUUAAUCUCUCAUUUACUCAAAUUUGCAUUCAAAUUGCUUCUUAAAAGCCGUCAUAAUGUUUCACAAUUUGUAUUUUACGAUGUGAAUUAAAAUUUUAAUUAAUUCAUUUCAA